CGUACAGUUAGAUGCCUAGCCGUUGUUCAAUUAUUGUAGAACCAGCCCCACGUGAAAUCCCCUCUCACACAACCGAUUUGGUGCGCAACAAUAUUAGGACCGUACCAUUAUCGCUGCGAACAGGCGCGAUGGUUGUACCCCCUUCGACACAAUGCAUUCGCCCAUGGUGUAGUGCGAGAUUGUAGUACUACCAACUUCAGUGUGUAGAGAAGGUCUACUAUGAAAGCAUGCAUGGAUGUGGCCGGGAGUGGAUUGUUUCUACCUUAAAGGCAUAAGUCUGAUCUAUGAUUCCUUGGCUGAUUUUAAGCGAGUAAACUUGGCCGAUUAAACCGGUUGUUAGUGUUGUGAACAAUCGGCCCUCAAGGUACAAAAUAGAGCGAGCGACGGCUGAUCGCGCUUUGCUUGCGAGCGCUGUUAAAGGGGCAAGUGAUGUGCUGGGUCGGCGUUAUGCAGGAUUUACCUUGGACCUAAAUCGUUGUGGAUUACGUUAUAUCGAGCGUAUUUUUGUUUCUUUGCAACCUACCUCAUUCUGUGGAUUGUGAAUGAAAGAAUUUUCUCCAAAAUGAGCCAGUUUUGGAAAGGUGUGGAUUUACCUGUGUUUAACGCAGUUUACCUGUGUUUUCUACUUCUAACGUUGUGUGUUUCGUGGGGGGAGAGCCGAUCUUGCCCCCGGGAGUGCUCCUGUCGGAACAAAUACAUCGACUGCAGCUUCAGAGGACUACUGUAUGUUCCUUCGGAUAUACCUAAUGAUGUCGAGAAAUUGGAUUUACAAGGAAACAACCUGACGGUUAUACGAAGAUCUGACUUUGAAGGGAUGAAGAAACUCAGGAUACUCCAACUAUUGGACAACAAGAUACGUACAAUCGAGAAGGGAGCGUUUGUGAAUCUGGUCAGCAUGGAGCGCCUGCGCCUGGACCGGAACCUGCUUGUGUCUACCCCGGAUAACCUGUUUGCAAACAUGCCCAACCUCCUGAGGCUGGAUCUCAGCUACAACAAGCUUCUGUACAUAGGCAGAAGAACUUUAAAAAGUUCUAUUCUUUUGAAAAAUUUACAACUUGACCAUAAUGAAAUUACUUGCAUAUCUGACACUGGAAUAAAGGGAUUGAAGAACAUGGAGAUUCUAACACUAAGUAAUAACAACAUCACAACACUGCCGAAGGAUAUGUUCCAAGGAAUGACCAAGCUACGAGUCCUACGGAUCAGUGACAACCGCCUGGUGUGUGACUGUCACCUGGCGUGGUUGGCGCGAUGGCUGCGAGCAAACCCAACUCUGGCUCUCUUCACCGAGUGUGCCAUUCCGAGUCACUUGAAGAACAACGAGAUAGCUGAGCUCCAGGACAUGGACUUCAGGUGUAUUCCGGGCGUGGACAACCCUCACCCACACGCCUGUGUGGCCGAGAACCUGUGCCCCCGAGAGUGCACCUGUACUGAGGGCAUCAUUGACUGUCGGGACAAGGGCCUGACCCAGAUUCCGGACAACAUCCCAGAGACAGCCACUGAACUGCGGAUUGAAGAAAACCAUAUAACCCAGAUUCCUUCGAGAGUAUUUUCAGAACUUCACAAGCUUCAGAGGAUUGAUAUGAGCAAUAAUCAAAUCUCCUACAUCGCCCCUGAUGCCUUCUCUGGACUCCAGUCUCUCAGAACACUCGUGCUUUACGGAAACAAGAUAUCGGAUUUACCACCUGGUGUUUUCAAUGGAUUAAUCAAUCUACAACUCCUGUUGCUGAAUGCCAACAAGAUUACUUGUGUCCGAGUGGAUGCAUUUAGAGAUCUACGCAACCUCAACUUGCUAUCGCUGUACGACAACAAGAUACAGUCUCUGGCCAACAAUACGUUCACACCGCUGAGGAACAUACAGACUUUACAUCUGGCUCGGAACCCGUUCAUUUGCGAUUGUAAUCUUCACUGGCUCUCGGAGUACCUCCAUGACCAUCCCAUCGAGACAAGCGGAGCACGCUGCGAAACCCCGCGCAGGAUGCGAAGGAAAAAGAUCGGACAUGUUCGAGCGACAAAGUUCAAAUGUAAAGGCUCGGAGGCCCACCGAACAAAGAAUGCUGGGAACUGCAUGAUAGAUCGGGAAUGUCCGCGGGAAUGCGUGUGCAUCGGAACAACGGUGGACUGUUCUGGACGUGGGCUGAAAUAUAUCCCUAAAGAACUACCCAUGUAUACAACCGAAUUAAAACUGGAAAAUAAUGAAAUAAAUCGAAUUAAGAAUGAUGGAAUAUUCAAGAAAAAACUACCCAAUCUUCAGAUACUAGAUUUGAAUGAUAACGCUAUAGAAGUCAUAGAAGAUGGAGCGUUCGAAGGGGCAGAAAAACUGACAGACUUACUGGUGACUAACAACAAGCUUACCCAGCUCUCUUCUGCAUCGUUGCGAGGUCUGCAGCAUGUCAAGUCGCUGAUGCUGCGAGGUAACAGAAUCACGUGUAUCAACAAUGUAACGUUCACAGAGACGCCCCGCUUGAGAGUGCUCUCGCUGUAUGACAACCAGAUCCGUUGUAUAACCCAGGGAGCCUUCGACAGACUGCACUACCUGUCUACACUAAACUUGAUGGCAAACCCAUUCCAUUGCAACUGUCACCUUGGCUGGCUGUCUGAUUGGCUGAAGAGACGCAACGUGAUCACCGGCACGCCCACCUGCACUGCCCCCCAUCCCCUCAAAAACACCCCCAUACAGGACCUGAAGCAGAAGGACUUUGUCUGUGAAGAGGUGAACGACAUUGGCUGCAACACUGGAGUAACACCAUGUUGUCAGGACAGCAGUAUCGUUGAAGAGAACAGUUGUGACCCCCGCGCCUACUGUCCCCCCAAAUGCUCCUGUGAUGGCACGAAGGUGCGCUGCAGCCACUUGGACAUGACCGACAUCCCCAAGUACAUCCCCCUCGACACCACGGAGCUAUACCUGGAUGUCAAUGAGAUCACUAAUAUCCCCAUGGAAAUAGGCCUGCUGACCAAGCUCCAAAAACUGGAUUUAAGUCACAACAAUAUUGAGACCCUGCCGGAACUGAUCUUUGCUAACCUGACCAAACUAUCAACACUAAUCCUGAGUUACAACAACAUUCAGUGUAUGGGGGACACCAGCUUCUCCGGCCUCAAGGAACUCCGGAUAUUGUCCCUCCAUGGCAACAAUCUGUCCGUAAUCCCCUACAACGCCUUCAAGGAUCUUGUUGCCCUCACACACAUCGCCCUGGGCGGAAACCCCAUGUACUGUGACUGCAACCUCAAAUGGCUGUCUGACUGGAUCAAGCGGGACUACAUCGAACCAGGGAUUGCGCAGUGUGUUGGCCCCGAGAAGAUGAAGGACAAACUCCUCCUCACAACACCCUCACAUUUCUUUGAAUGUCUCGGCGACCCCGACCCUCAGGUGGCGGAGAAGUGUAACGUGUGUCUGAAGAAGCCAUGUCUCCAUGGCGGGAAGUGUCAUCUUAAAGAUUUCAAGAACUUCACAUGCGAAUGUUCAGCAGGUUACCAUGGUUACCAGUGUGAGAAACAGAUUGACGCCUGUUUUGGUAACCCCUGUAAUAAUGGCGGCAAGUGCACAGUCAUGGAGUUUGGAAGAUUUCAGUGUCACUGUCUGGAUGGGUUUGAGGGGGAGAGGUGCGAGACCAACAUCGAUGACUGCGUCACCCACUCCUGCACCAACAACGCCACCUGCGUGGAUGAGAUUCAGUCGUACUCCUGCCACUGUGCACCAGGAUAUAUGGGCAAGCGGUGUGAGACCAGGAUCCCGUUCUGCAAGGCCGGGUUUAACUACUGCAUGAACAGUGCCACUUGUGUCAGCACCGGCUCAGAUUACAGGUGUGAAUGUACCCCAGGAUACCAAGGCAAGAACUGCUCCGAGAAUGUCGACGAUUGUAAGUCCCACGCCUGCCAGAACAGUGCCACGUGUUUGGACGGCUUAAACACUUACUCUUGCAUGUGUGAUCGUGGCUACUCCGGCAAACAUUGCGAGAUUGCACCUGUCCUCGCAUUACCGUUACUACGACAACAAGCGUCCGGCGCCUGCCGGUUCCAUGCUUGUCAAAACAACGGCAUCUGCUAUCAGCCCCCUGGCAUGCAACAAGCUGAUUAUAUGUGUAAAUGCGCACCAGGUUUUGAUGGCAAGAAAUGUGAGAAAUUAUCCAGUGUGUCUUUGAACGAAAAGGACUCCUAUAUUCAACUCCCACCAGUAGAUUUCCAGAAGGGAGUCAACAUCACCAUUGUCUUCAUCACCGACUCCAAUCAGGGCAUCAUCAUGUACGCUGGAGGGGAGCAACACGUUGGCGUGGAGGUGUUCCGUGGACACAUACGUGUCAGUUACGAUGUGGGUAACUAUCCCGUGUCAACAAUGUUUAGUUACGAGCGCGUGGCUGACGGCAAGCAGCAUAUCCUUGAGAUGAACAUUAAGCAGAAGAACUUCACCAUGCAGAUUGAUCAUUCAGGAGUGCCCCGAACGGUCAUCAACGAGGGGCCAAAAGACUUCCUCAAUGUCAAGGAUGAUCUGUUUUUAGGAGGGUUGCCAGCUGAUGUCAACACUCGCGCCUUUAAGAAGUGGCAUGUGAGAGAUGGGACUAGUUUCAAAGGCUGCCUGAGCCAAGUCUUCAUCAACCGCAAGCAGCAGGACCUACUGUCGUCGCGCCACCGUCACCGCGUGACCCCGGGGUGCCAGUUUGACCCCUGCCAGAACCACAUGUGUCAGCGUGGUAGGUGCAAGCCCAGGAAGAACAAAUCAGGCUACAGGUGUAAAUGCAGGCGGGGCUACUCGGGCACUUUCUGUGAUAAAGCUCCUUCCUGCACUGAGAUCGUUUUCCGCGACAUCUACAUCGACCCCAAGACCAAGUGCAAGUCCCGCGCCAAGAUAAAGUACCGUCGCUGUGAGGGCCGAUGUGGAGACAACUCUUGCUGUAAACCGAAAAAGAUCAAGACACGGAAAGUUCGACUGUUCUGCCCUGACAGCUCGACAUAUAUCUACGAGCUUCCUGUCAUCCGCCGCUGCCGCUGCAAGAAGUGCUGAAAGUAACUCUAGUGCCACAUUUUGACGUUUAAUGUACUCGAGAAAAGCAUUGACCAGCCUGCUUGAAGGCGAUUGGUCAGAAACCUUGUUAGAUGUUUCUGAUUGGACGAUAUACAUGCUUUAACCAAAGAAAGGUUGUGAAGGGAAAAAGUUCACGGGAUAAAACCAAGAUGUGGUUAUAAAAAUGGACAGCAAUAUCUGCCGGGAAGAGUUGUCUACCUUGUACAAAGUGCUUCUGUCUUAACCAACACCUGACAAGAAGCAUCCGAAAACGGUGUACGUUUAUUUUCUUAACGUGAUGUAAAUCUUCGUCAGGAUGUUUUGUGACUUGUUCAUCCUCAAAUCAUGGAUAUGUGUGAUGGUGUGUCCGAACAAUUUUAUGACACAGAGUCACGUGACUUGGUCACGUGAUCGUUGGCAACCAUUUGAGGACAAUCAACUCCCUUGAGGCGGCAUUCAGAUAUCUGGAGAUGCUUCGUAUACCAAAAUUACUUAGAAUUGUUUUAUAUUAAACUUUAAUGGUCUGAUUGUGAUAAAUUUGUUUUCUUUUUCAUAAACCUCGAGUCAUUUACAUAUUUAGCUAUUUAUAACCCCCGUCACUAUGGCAACCAACAUGUAGCCCCAUCCUAUAAUUGUGACGGCAUGCCUCCCUCCGUUGACAAUGUAGAAAUGGCAUUUCCUUGUAGAAGUCUUUCAAAGUAGGUUCUAUUCAUUUUGAACAAUAUAUCACACAAUUUAAUAACAGUGUUUUGAUAAUGGUUUCUUAAUCAGUGUUUUUAAAAUAUAAACAAUGUUUUGUUGCAAUCGUGUUUCAAAUAUCUUGUAUUUAGAUCUAAAACAUCAGAUUUCACAAGAAGUUUAUAUCAAUCAUGUCUUUAUUUUGAUAAUUAAUAAACAAUGUAGUUUUUUUCUGAAACAAGCCUUUUUAAGGUAUUUUCUACGCAAAAGACGACAGUUGGGAUAUAUGCUCCAAUGAGAUUUAAUGUCACCUCUUCCACUGCCAGCAAAACUUAAUUUAUUCGCUAACACAAAUUGAUAUUUUCAAUAUCAUAAAAAUAAUCUGUGGUGCUUGAUAGUAAAAUGAAAUGUUUGUUGAAAUAUGAUCUCAAAUUUAUACAAUUAUGGAUAUUCAUCUCAAAAUAAAAUUCAAAUAGAUGGAUAUUUUACUUUGGAUGGCAAAGAGUUUUUAUAUUUAGAAUGAUAUUUUAAUAUCUCAAGCCACCAUUUCUGAUUACAUUUUCAAAAUUCAAAUAUGAACAAGUUUUCUUGAUCAUGUGAAGAAUUCAGGGCAGAAGUACAUAUCAAGUAUUGUCGCCGGCUCCAUGUUAUCUGUCACCAUCAUCACAGCUAAAAUAGGAUUUCAUUCAACAGAAAUAAUAUCACAAUGGAUACUUUUCUCAAAGUAAAGUUUUGUAGUCACCUGCUGUUGUGUUUGCCAAUUUUCUGUUGUUUAUUUUUUAAUGAUUGUAAAUUGUUAUUGUAGUACAGUUUCAAUAUCGCUAACAUUAAUGUUACAUAUUUUGUACAAAAUCAAUAAUUUAUCUAAAUAUUUGACAACAAACUUCUUGACACAUGAUAAUGCAAAUACUGAUUCGACGUAAUAAGCGCCCACGGCGUUAUUUGCUAAUAUAUUAGCUAGUGAACAAUCCCAGUUAGCACCCUUUCCGAUUGAUCAAUGAACAGAGGACUUAUUUAUUCGUGUGUAAUACGCACUCAUUUGUUAUACGCACCCUUAAUUAUGGGCAAUUAAAUUCUCGAAAAUAUAUCUAUCAUGUAUAAUACACACAGAUUCUUCUUUUAUAUCAUUUCAGGCUGUCAGCAUAAACCACAAAUUUUACAAUCUUUCAACCUCGUUUUUAAUCUCACCAAAAUUAUAUUCUAAUAAGAGCCCUCUAUUUCUAAUUUUGAGAGCGCCCUGGGCGCUUUUUGCGUCGAAUACGAUAUCAUUAAAUAUUCUUAAUGCCUGUUGAUAAUUGAAGUAACAAUAUCUUUCAUAAAUGAGUAUACUAUAUUAAUUUAAUGAGGCUAGUUCUUGUUCUCAGGCUAUUUUUACAUAUCAUUGAAACAGUCCUUCAAAAAAUAAAUAUGUUCCUACUUUUAGACCUAAAAUUGGAAAUUCUGACCCCCAGGAGCCCAUUUAGAAAUUGAAAGUGAAUUUGAGAAAAGAAAACCGAAACAAUUUGUCAAAAGUCUUUGCCUGAGAAUGAGGGAAAUCAUCCCAGCAUAUAUGAAAGUUUGAGAAUAAAGCUGCUCACAUUUGAAUGUAAUAUUGUGUGAUUAUUGUUUAUCUCUUGCUAGAAUCCCCAUGUCAGUAGGAGGUACAAGCAUUAUCACUGUAACAGGAAAACUAAUUCAAGAGAUAUAUAUGUGUAACUUUUUGAGCUUGCUGAAGAGUUAUCUCCCUUUAAUGCAUUUAAAUCUCGAAAGUACUGUAAAAUUCUCAUAAAAAUGAAAAAAGGAUGAAUUACAAAGUGAAAAUGACAAAGUCUUCAUUAUCAUAGAAUGGUGAUAUGUUAAACGUGAAUAUACAUGACACAGGAAGGGGAGAUAACUCCAUCAAGUCUCAUUUUAAUAAGUUGUUUUUUCUGUAUUAUAUUUGUAAAGAAAAUGUCAUGUAUAUUGAUACCAUAACAUGUAUAUUUUCCACAGCAGUGACUUAAUUUGCUGCUUUUUGUUGUCAUCUCAUUUGUAGAUUUUCUCAGAAUAUAUUGGUCAGUAUAUUGUCCUCGCCGAUGUCCACUGAACUUUCGAUCCACUGUACAAUAGACAGACAUCUAGCCACUUAGAGUAUUGUACGCAAACUUGGCAUUUUCAUCUCGUCACCACUGACAAGUUCAAAUUUGAGAAUGAACAAAAUCUUGAUAAGCCCUGCAACCUGAUAAAAAUAGCUCUUCAAUAAUUUUUUGGUUUGAAAUUUUUAAUACAUCAAAAUCGAAUAAUGGUUCCCUUGAAUCCAUUUUUCUUCAAGAUAAUUGACUAUCCGUUUUGGGAAUGCCAUCAUCAGCAUAUGAAUUGAUAUCUCAAUUAAUAAUGUUAAAUUGAGUCAUAUUUGCCCCUAAAAUAAUUAGCUCCAGAAUAAUUUGCCUGGUCACUUUGAAACUACCCAAAUGGUUAACACUAGUAAUUACAAAGGCUAGCCAUAUUCUACCUGCAAAGUAAACCUGGACAAUGUGCUUAACAUGUUGAUUUAAGUCUCUCUGAUGCAUGAAGUGUGUAUUGUUUCACACACCUCCAUUGUCAGAGUUGCGUUGUCUGGUGUUCUAUUUGUGGUCAGUGUCCAAGAGGAUCAAGUGUUGAACUAGAUUUGAACUUGUUGGUGGAGGAUCUGCUUCUCUAGAUGCGUAAGUUGAACUCUGUUAUUUAUUUGUUGUUCUACCUCAGUGAAGAUUGUGGGCACAUCACUGAAUAUAUGAUAAAGAUGGCGAUUUCUCACCAAUUGUCGUCCAUAUUUUCAAGUUUUAGUAGUACCAGACACGUUGCCAUGGAAACCAUAUUGAUCACAUGACUGUAUGUAAAUGUAGACCUGAAGCAACGUGGAAGGGCUAAAAAUAAAAAAAUACAAACCCUU